AUGGAUCCUUCAAUAUUCAACCUUCAGCGAACGGUACCCGGAGGAGGCGAUGUUAGCCAUCAAGUAGGUGUCUCCAGGCGGAGGAAUAGUGCAGAAGAAGAGAUCCGGUUUGCCCUGGAUGGUAGCGGCCAUUCAGAGAAAAAGAAAAAAGUAGUUCCCAGCAGGGCCCAGUUUCAGGCGGUGGGAUACUCGGGAACUUCAUACAGUUCAACUUGA